UAAAAAUGGGCACAUAUUUUUUUCAAAAUGUCUCAAUACUGCCCCCGAGCCCCAACAGGUUAAUCAACUCUCUCUUCCUCCGUUUCAUCACCUAGUCAAUACUCUCAGAUCUAUAGAAAUACACAGUGGUAGUGGUAGUAUACAUAAUCUACUCUCUCUUCUCUCUUUCAUCACGUCGUCAGCAGGCCCUUGUGUGUUUUCUUCAGAACAGGAAGUAGGAGGAGGGUCUAUAAGUCUAUAACUGGAGAUCACAGAGUCUCACUCAGCAUCAAGACAGGAUGGAACUCACACCACUCUGCUGGCAGCUCUUGCUAUUGAGUACACUGGUAUACUCUAGCCUUGGACAAGGUGGAGCCUCUCUAAGCAUCACUCCUGACAGAUCUCAGUUUUUUAAAUUAGAGUCUGUCUCUCUGAGCUGUGAGGUUCAGGGGAACUCUACUGGAUGGAGAGUGGUGAGGAACACAUCGAGAGGAAUCCUUUCAGAGUGUCAUACUGACUGGGGAAAACAACAAGGGUCUUCAUGCAUUGUAUCACUAAUAACAUCAGACAGUGGAGUGUACUGGUGUGAGUCUGGGUCUGGAGAACACAGCAAUGCUGUCAACAUCACAGUACCUGCUGGAGCUGUGAUCCUGGAGAGCCCUGCCCUUCCUGUGACUGAGGGAGAUUCUGUGACUCUGCGCUGCAGAUAUCAGGAAACUCCCUCUAACCUCACAGCUGAUUUCUACAAAGAUGGAUCCCUCAUCAGGACUGAGACUACAGGAGAGAUGACCAUCCCUGCAGUAUCCAAGUCAGAUGAAGGACUCUACAAGUGUACCAACUCUGAAGGAGAAUCACCAGAGAGCAGGAUGUCUGUGACAGUGAAUGCACUAAUGGAGGAGGGGUCAAUGUCAGUGAUGGCAUAA